AUGGAGCUCAUAUGGGUGCCUGCCCACUCGAGGAAUCCUGGAAACGAGGCUGCCAACGCUUUGGCCCGAGGUUUGCUCAACCGGGCACCGGCGGCCUCCGAUCCAGGCGUCCACCAGUUGAGAAUCGGCACCGACCCCCUUCCGUGGAAGCAGACAGUGACGUACCUUGGCCUCACCAUAGACCACCGGCUGACGUGGAUCCCGGCAACUAAAGCCCUCAGCGCCAAGGUGCGCCGUGUUCAUGCAGCCGUGGGCCGACUCCUUCAACGAGGCCGAGGAUGCUCCACGAAGUGGGCCCUGCGCCUGAACAAGGCUGCAGCAACAUCGUCCUUGUUGUAUGCCCUGCCGCUGGUUUCAGGCUUGCUUCAGGCUAGUUGUGCUUUCAGGAAAGCACAACUAGAGGUUCUGCACAGGACGGCCAUCAGAAAUGUCCUGGGGCUUCCAAGGCACUCCAAGAUCGCCGCAACACUGGCUGAGGCCGGCGAAUGGCCACUGUCACUGCUCAUGUUGCAACGGGGACUGGGGCAUAUUGACAGGCUACAUCGCGCACCAGACGGCCAGGCUCUUCUAGACCGGCUCCGGAGCCUGCCGGCUUCACGUAUGGGCAACCUGUGUCGCCUCUAUGAGGAGACAGUUCCUCAACUACCUGUGGCAGUGGCUCUUCCUCCUCCCCAUCACGGACCUCCGGAUGUGCACCUCUCCCUCAGGGGGUUAGCCAAGCGGAGAGCACCAACCGCAGCCCUGCAGCAGGCGGCAGCCUGCAAGCUCCAGGAGGAGUUGGAAGGACACUUGCUGGUGUUCACGGAUGGUUCAGUCCUCCCCAGCAGGUCGGCUGCAGCGGCAUGCACAGCUCCAACUCUCGCCUGUCACAGGCAGUGUAGGCUCCCGUUUGCAGCAAGCUCUACUGCAGCUGAGCUCGCGGGGCUGCACCUGGCUGCCGACCUCCUUGCUGAGCACCUUCCCCAGCAGCCGGUGGCGGUGGUGUGCGACUCCAAGCCAGCGCUUCAGGCCCUCGUCAACCCUCGGCGGGCAGGACUUACAGUGGUGCUGCUGCUUGCCAAGUUAACGGCUCUAGCCACCGCCGGACUCCCAAUAUCCUUCCACUGGCUGACCUCACAUGUCGGGGUAGCCGGUAACGAGGAGGCAGAUACCUAUGCCAAAGCUGCCCAUCAUGAUGUAAUCCCGGUAACCAGAGCGGUAGCGGCUUCGGACUACACGAGACAUCGGCUACGGUGCCUGCUCACCUCCAUUCACCCGGACCCCCGAGUGGCUAGUGGCAAAGCCCCCAAGCCACUCCCAGAGAACGGCCUCUCCAGAAGAGACCGUUCCACACUCCUGCGCUUGCGGACUGGCUGCACCUGGACUGCGGCCCGGCUGUACGCCAAGGGCCGCGCCACAUCGCCUGCCUGCAAGAGGUGCGGGGACCCCGAGACUCUGGAGCACCUUCUUACGGCCAGAACGUGGCAGAUCCUCAAGGCCCUCAUGGACCCGAGCAAAAACAAAUCCGAAGGCAGCAAGUCGAUACAGAGGCUAGUCCACCAGUACGAAGGCACAGACGAGCAACUCCUUGAGGAAGUCCGAGUCAAAUGCUACGGCAACGAGCAGGUCGAGAGCUACAAGGAAGAAUACCGCGGCGAAGAAAACCCUACUACUGGCCGACCCAUCAUGAGAGAAGAGGUCGUCGAGUUGGUGUUGUUGAUGCCCUCCAUGAUGGCCGCGUGGCUCACGUCUCGAGUACUUCCUCCUUGA